AGUGACCGAUGAUUUUCCUUUUCAAAUAAUCACCGUACGUCCACAGCAUCAGUAGUAGUAGUAGUAAUAGCUAGAGAUCAUCACUCUCUUCAGUCAACACUCUGUGUCGGCUUUCCCCAAAAGAAAAAGAAAAUUAAAAACUCAAGCUUUCUCUUCCUUCUUCCUUCCUUCCAUGGCAAUUCUCUGGUUUUUCCUUCUCUACCUAUCUCAAUUCAUUCUUCUAUCUUCAUCUUCUUCAUCUUUAUCAUCAUCAUCUUCCCACUCUUCUUCUUCUUUAGAUAUCACCUUACUUUUGAACAAAAUCAGACCCUCACUCCAAGGAGAGACUGAAAACCUGCUUCUGUCUUCAUGGAAUUCUUCAUUUCCUCUCUGUCAAUGGCGGGGACUGAAAUGGGCGUUUGGAGAAGGAACGCCUCUAGUCUGUGGAGAAAAUGAUCACUCAUCACCUCAAUGGACAAACCUUUCUCUUUAUAAAGACCCAUCUCUUCGACUUCUCUCUUUACAGUUACCGUCCGCCGGUCUUUCCGGCACUCUCCCCGGAGAGCUCGGUGAACUUUCCUCUCUUAAAAGUCUAUACUUGGGAGUCAAUUCUCUCACGGGUAUUAUUCCUCUGGAGCUUGGUUACAGUUCUUCUCUUUCAGAAAUUGAUUUAGGAAACAAUCUGUUAAAUGGGUCGAUUCCGACGUCGAUCUGGAAUCUUUGCGAUGAUGGGUUGUCGUCUCUCCGGCUUCAUGGUAAUUCUCUCUCCGGCGCUAUUCCCGAACCCGCUUUACCUAAUUCGACUUGCAGGAAUCUGCAGGUUCUUGAUUUGGGGCAGAACGGUUUCUCAGGUGAAUUUCCUGAUUUUCUAACGAGGUUUCGUAGUCUUAGAGAGCUUGAUCUUGGAAGCAAUGGUUUGUCUGGUCAGAUUCCGGCGACGUUAACUGGAUUAAUCAAUUUAGAGAAACUGAAUAUUUCUUAUAAUAAUUUUACUGGGAUGUUACCUAAUUUUGAGGGAAAGUUUAUGGAAGAUGAAUUUGUGGGUAAUAGUCCUAUGCUCUGUGGAUCUCCAUUGAAGAGCUGUAAUGGAAGAAGCUCAUCUGGGUUGAGUUCUGGCACCAUAGCCGGUCUGGUUAUCGGUUUAAUGAGUGCUGUUGUAGUUUUCGCUUCGUUAUUGAUAGGAUACGUUCAAGGGAAGAAGAGAAAAAACAGGGGUGAUGAAGAAGAAGAAGAAGAUGAGGAAGAAGGUGAGCAUGGAGAAGGCGGCGAGGACGGCGAAAAUGGAGUUGUUUCCGGCGGCGCCGGCGGCGGUGAGGGGAAACUUAUUUUGUUUCAAGGUGGGGAGCAUUUAACGUUGGAAGAUGUUUUGAACGCGACGGGACAAGUGAUGGAGAAGACUAGCUAUGGAACGGUUUAUAAGGCGAAACUUGGCGAUGGAGGGACGAUUGCGUUGCGAUUGUUGAGGGAAGGAAGUUGUAAAGAUCGGAGAUUAUGUUUGCCGGUGAUUAAACAAUUGGGUCGAAUCCGCCAUGAGAAUUUGAUUCCUCUCCGGGCGUUCUAUCAGGGAAACAGAGGAGAAAAGCUUCUCAUUUAUGACUAUCUUCCUAAUGGCAACCUUCAUCAUCUCCUUCAUGAAUCGAAGGUUGGGAAACCGGUUUUGAACUGGGCUAGACGACACAAGAUCGCGUUAGCCAUAGCAAGAGGACUAGCUCAUCUCCACACGGGUCUUGAGACUCCCAUCACCCAUGGAAACGUUCGGUCGAAAAACGUUCUCGUUGACAAGUUCUUUGUUGCACGUCUAACUGAUUUUGGGCUCGACAAAAUAAUGGUCCCGGCAAUAACUGAUGAAUUGGUGGCAAUGGCGAAAUCGGAUGGGUACAAGGCCCCGGAGCUUCAAAAGAUGAAAAAGUGCAAUUCGAGGACUGAUGUUUAUGCGUUUGGGAUACUAUUUCUCGAGAUAUUGUUAGGGAAGAAACCGGGGAAGAGUGGAAGGAAUGACGAAUUCGUGGAUUUGCCAUCGCGAGUGAAAGUGGCUGUUUUGGAGGAGACAACGGUUGAUGUUUUUGAUUCGGAGGUUUUGAAGGGAAUAAGGAGUCCUAUGGAAGAGGGUCUUCUUCAAGCAUUGAAAUUGGCAAUGGGUUGUUGUGCACCGGUUCCUUCGGUUAGGCCCACAAUGGAUGAGGUGGUUAAGCAAUUGGAGGAGAAUCGGCCAAGGAAUAGGUCUGCCCUUUAUAGCCCGGCCGAGACUAGAAGUGGCACAGUUACCCCGUUUUGAACGGGGAAUUGGUCGAUCGAAUCGAAAGUCCUUUUCCCCCAAGUUCUCUUCCCCGUCAAUGGAAAUGAUUAAAGUUUGGUUAUUUUUCAAAGGAUGGGUUUCCACUAAUGUUGAUUAUGGGACAAUGUAUAAUGUUGGGUGAAAAAAGCUAUCUUUUUCUUCACAUGUUGUCUGCAAUUAGUACUUUUUUCUUUCUUUUCCUGCCUGCCCUAGUUGGUUUUGUAUUAUUGUUAAUGUAUGGGAGCUUUGAUUGAGUUAACAAUUGGUACAAUCCUUUUUAGUUUUAAA